AUGGAGAUGGAUCCCUCGGCGGCGGAGGCGGCUAAGGCCCUCGCGCUGCCGUCCUACGCGAAGGCGGUGGACGCGUACAGGAAGGCGGUGGGCACGGCGGCCUCGGUGACCGCGUACGUCGUGCUGGCGCGCGGCAUGGCGCGGGAGCUCCUACCCCACGACCUCCGCCGCGCGGCGCGCUGGGCCGCGUCCCUCAUCCGCGCCCGCUUCGAGACCCCACCCGCGGAGCGCCGCACCCUCGUCAUCAAGAGCGCCGCGGCCCUCCUCUACGACGACGGCGGCUACCACGGCGUUGGCGGCGGCGACCUCGGCCUCUACAACGAGGUGCGCGAGUACCUCGCUACCCGGAUCGACCCGCACGCCAUGCGCCGCCUCUGCCUCGGCGGCAAGAGCAAGAGGGCGCUGUCCCUGGAGCACGGCGACUCGAUGACCGACGUCUUCGAGGGCGUCGAGUUCACGUGGGCGUCCGUCGCGGGGCAGAGCCAACGCGAGCACGGGAACGAGUACGAUUACCGGUACGGGAGCGUGGGGACGGAGUCGCUGGAGCUCAGCUUCGACGCGGAGCACAUGGACAUGGCGCUGAGCAGGUACGUGCCCUUCAUCACGGCGACGGUGGCGGAUGCGCGGCGGCGGGAGCGCGCGCUCCAGAUCUUCAUCAACGAGGGCUCGUCGUGGCACGGCAUCAAGCACCACCACCCGUCCACGUUCGACACGCUCGCCAUGGACCCGGAGCUCAAGCGCUCCAUCGUCGCCGACCUCGACCGCUUCCUCAAGCGCAAGGAGUACUACCAGCGGAUCGGCAAGGCGUGGAAGCGCGGGUACCUCCUCUACGGCCCGCCCGGCACCGGCAAGUCCAGCCUCGUCGCCGCCAUGGCCAACUACCUCCGCUUCAACCUCUACGACCUCGACCUCUCCGAAGUGUACAACAACACGACGCUGCAGAGGCUGCUCAAUAGCAUGCCCAACAAGUCCAUCCUCGUCAUCGAGGACAUUGAUUGCUGCUUCAGCGCCGCGUCAAGGAAGGAGAAAAAUGACUCUGAUCACAUUCACUACCGAUCAGGUCGAGGUAACUCGGAGGUAAGCUACGUUCUAUCUAGGAUCAAGAAACCGCGCAUAACUCUGUCCGGUCUGCUCAACUUCAUCGACGGUUUGUGGUCGACGAGCGGCGAGGAGCGCAUAAUCAUCUUCACCACCAACUACAAGGACCGCCUGGACCCAGCGCUGCUCCGGCCGGGCCGGAUGGACAUGCACGUCUACAUGGGCUACUGCUGCUGGGAGGCCUUCAGGACGCUGGCCCGGAACUACUUCGUCCUCGACGACCACGCGCGGUUCCCGGAGAUCCAAGAGCUGCUCGCCGAGGUGGAGGUGACACCGGCCGAGGUGUCAGAGAUGUUACUGAGGAGCGAGGAGGUCGACGUGGUUCUCGGGUUGCUUGCAGAGUUCCUCGGAGAGAAGAAGCGGGCGAUGCGUGAAGGAGAAUCAGUGCAGGCGCAUGAAGAACUAACUGGGAAAGAAGCAGAAGAAGUACAUGAUGUGUACCGGGCGAACAUAGGCCUUAUUUUCCAGUAG